AUGGGAGGUGGCGCGCAGCACCUGGCUGACAUCUUUGGCACCGAACAAGACCGAGUGAACUGCCCUUUCUACCUCAAGAUGGGCGCCUGUCGACACGGGGACCGAUGCUCGAGAGCGCACGUAAAACCUAAGCAGAGCUGCACUUUGCUGCUCAACAUGUAUCAAAGCCCGGAGAUCACCCCCGGUCAGGCAUACAGAAACACUGCCAUUUCCAAGGAAGAGCUCCAAAAGGACUUGGAUGCGUUCUACGAGGACGUGUUUAAGGAGGUGAGCAAGCACGGCAAGGUGGAGGCGCUCAAGAUCUGCAACAACUUCGGCAACCAUCUGGCCGGGAAUGUUUACGUCCAGUUUCGGCACGAGGAGCAUGCAGUCGCAGCUAUGGCAGCGCUGAAUGGGAGGUUCUACUCCGGGCGCCCGAUCGCGGCCGAGUUCUCCCCUGUGACGGAUUUUCGCGAGGCGUCUUGCCGGCAGGAGGAGCAAGGAGGGUGCAGCCGGGGCGGAUGCUGCAACUUCUUGCACUUGUAUCGUCCUAGCAGAGCUCUGAUGAGGGAGCUGAUGGGCGAUCGAUCGUCAUCGCCACCAAGGCGGGAUCACAGACGUCGCCCGAGGGAGGAGGAUGGGGAGCGGGAUCACAAACGUCGCCCGAGGGAGGAGGAUGGGGAGCGGGAUUACAGACGUGAUGGGGAGCGCCAUACGAGGAGAAGCCCGCCCUGGCGACGAGAGAGCGAUCGUGAAAGGCUGGCCAAAAUCGAGAGGUGGAACAAGGAAAGGGAAAAGGAACCUUUGUAAGAAAUCUCCUUUUAAUUCCUCGCAAUCUAUGGUUGAUGACUUCUACCA